AUGGAGCUGAUUGUUUCAACUGUGAAAGGUCUCACAGAGAAUCUGCUGCAGAAACAGAGAACAGAUUACGAUCAGGUGAUAGAGAAACUCUUCUCUGAAGUUUCUGGCCUGGAGGAUUUCCCCAGCAUACCAAAUCCACAGCUGGAGGAGUGUGCCAUCCAGCUGUGGAACUGGGCAGUUACCAAGAAUGUUGGCACCACUAUAAGUAAAAAUCUGAAAGCUAAAGUGCGUCAUGUGGCAUGCAGCCUGCUGUACUGCUCUGAGCCUGAAAAUCCACCAGAGGGCGUCAUUCGCAAGCAGAUCCUGAGCCUGGAAACUCUCUAUGCCCAACUAACAUCCAGAGGGGACGGAGCAGCUGACAUCACUUCAUCCAAGGGAGAUGUAGAAAAGGAUCUGAUUCGAAUUAUCUCUUGCCAGGCAGAAUCGGCCUUGGUUCAAGGGAAUAACCAUGAUGCUGUGGUCUAUAUGCAGCGCUGUAAAGACAUGCUGCAGCGGCUACCAAAGGAUACUGCCUAUCUCUCCAUCAUGUGCUACAACUUUGGAAUAGACACUUACAAUCUGAAAAAGUUUGAGGAAAGUGCAUUUUGGCUGAGCCAAAGCUAUGCAAUUGGGAAAAUGAAUGUGAAGUACGCACCUGGAUCUGAAGUCCAGGCCAAGGUCUUGAGGCUCCUUGCUUCUGUUUAUUUGGAGUGGGACUGUCAGAGGUUUCAGGAGAAGGCUCUAAGUGCUGUCAGCUUAGCCAACAAGGAAUUUACGAGCGCCUCUGGGCUGUACUUAAAGAUCAGAAUACUCGUGAGAUGCGGGGCCUCCGACGAUCAUAUCAGAGCAGGACUUAAUGAGAUGCUGGAAGCUAAGGUCUCUCUUGAAGUGUGUCUGAGCACAGUGAAGCUACUCAUGUCUGAAGACAGAGAAGUGCUUACAUUUGACUAUUUGAAACGUGUGUGUCAGCACUUUGAGUCGUCCCCUGACCUGGGAACUGCUCUCGUUCUGCACAUUGAGCUGCUGCUGCAGAAAGGCAGGGAGCUGUUGGCCAAACAGAAGAUAGAAGAUAUCAUCACUGGCCACUAUACGGGAAAACAGCUGACUCCACAGGCCCUCACAAGACUUCAUGUCAUGCUGUGGGAUAAAGCGUCCAAACACUUUGAGGCCAAAAACUAUUCUGAGGCUCUUCAGUGGUAUAACUACUCGUUGAGUUUUUUCAAGGCGGGUCAAACGGAGCCCAAUUCAGCCAAACUGCAGAGGAACAGAGCUUCCUGUUUCCUGAUGCUCAAACAACUGGAAAAGGCCAAAGAAGCAAUUAAAGAAGCAGAGAGAUGUGAUCCUGACAGCAUUUUCACCCAGUUCAGUGUUUACAAGAUUGCAGUGCAGGAGAACAAUGUGGAGAAAGCUGUAGAGGCAGUGAAUGCGAUGGGACGUCUGUCCAAGAGUCCUUCUGCCAGUGAGGACGGGCUGCUGGUUUCUGAGAACGCUGCCUCCAAUCUGCUCAGUCUGGCUGCUCAGAUUGCUUUGGAGAACGAACAGCAGGAAACGGCCAUGAAGGCUCUGGGGAGCUUGUGUGAAAACUCCAAGGAUGAAUCUCAGGUCCUCACUGCUCUCAGGAAUGUGGAUAUGGAAGUCCUGCUGCCAUAUCUAAAGAUGGCUCUACAGAAAGUUUCACACCAGAGUCGCCUGACUGCGGAGAAACGCACAGAGGAAGCUAACUGGUUCAGGAAAAUUGCGUGGAACUCGGCUCUGCAGUGCGAGAGCUGCCCUGACAGAAUGAGGGAUUUCUUCGUGCUCUCAUACCAGCUCUCCCAGCUGUGCCCUCCUGAUCGCACUCUGCUCAUGGGCCAGAAGACGUGUCUGCUAAUGGCCGCCGCCGCCUCUCUGGAGCUCUGCAGGAAAUCCCCUCACUCUGGCCAGACCGAGAAUCUCACUCAGGCUCUGGAGCACAUUCAGAUCUGCUGGGAGGUCUGGAAAACCCUGAAAGCUUCAGGGAGUUUCCCAAAGGACCCGACCGACACGCUGCUGCUGCUCUACGAGUUUGAAGCCCGGGCGAAGCUGAACGACCCCAAGGUGGAAACAGUCCUGGAGUCCGUGUUGGAGCUGGAACACGUUGAAACCAAGGUGGUAGAGACCAUUGCAGCCUUGGCCAUGGAGCCCCCUGCCCACUACCCUCUGCUGUGCAAGAAGGCCUUGAGGGUGGCUCUCUCGCUGCACAGGAAGCAACCGCAACCUGUCUCUGUGUCCCCGCUCAGGAAGUGUGUCCACAGCCUGAUCAAGCUGUCCCUCCCGAGCGGCGUGUCGGAGGUGGAGGCCCGGGUGCUGGAGGAGGUUUGGGACUACUACGAGGAGGCCCUGUCCGUCAUCGCAGCCCCGGACGACUUCCCGGAGAUGGAGACGCUGUGGCUGCUGACGCGGGCCUGGAACACGGGGGUCCUGCUGUACAGCCUGGCCCAGUACCCCGAGGCCGAGAGGUGGUGCGGCCUCGCCAUGAGCUUCAUCCGCCACCUGGGGUCCCUGCAGGAGAGCUACGAGACAAAGAUGUCUGGACUCUACACUGAAAUCCUGGACCGGCUGGACCGAGCCAAGAAGAACCUCAUCAUGGAGGAAUAACUGACCUGCUGUCAGCCCCGUGUUAACUGUGUCUGAACUUGAUCAGUUCCAGCAGCUCGUUCCAGCUAAAUGUUAUCAAUGUUUCUGUUCAAAUGUUCAUCAGUUUCCUCAGUGUUUAUGUAACUGUGGGGUCUUCUGACACACACCACAUUCAGUCCAGUUUGUCUUCAGCCUGGGUCUUUCGUUCCCUCAUGCUUCCUACCUUUUUCUACUGUC